AUGACAUCGACGAAACCUACAGUGCUUUUCGUCCAUGGCUCCUGGCACAACCCCAACCACUUCCGCCGCGUCAGGGAUCUUUUCGAAGCCAAUGACUUCCCGACCUCCUGCCCCUUGCACCCCAGCGUGGGCCAGCUGCCACCGAUCGGCCUCAUGGAAGACGCCCAGGUGAUCCGGGACGAGCUCAAGAAGCUGGUCGACACGGAGCAGAAGGACGUGCUGGUGAUAGCCCACUCCUACGGCGGAGUUGUGGCCACCCAGGCCGUUGAUAAGGAAUUCGCAAAGAAGGACCGCGAGGCCAGGGGUCUUGCAGGCGGUGUCAUCCACCUGGUAUACAUGUGCGCUUUCUUGCUUGCGCUGGGCGAUUCCCUGCGCUCGGCGCUGGGAGGGAAAUUCCCGCCUCAUAUCCCCGUCGACGAGAAAGGAAUGUGCGUCAUGCUCGAGCCGGCGCGUCGGUUCUACAACGACCUGUCCAAGGAGGAGCAAGAUCACUGGGUGUCGGAGCUGAAGCCUUGUCCGGCCGUCGCUCAGACGACGCCCAUCACCCAGACGGCGUAUCUCUAUCAUCCGGUCACAUACCUGUUCUGCGAAAACGACCAGGCCUUGCCGCUGGCGGUGCAGCAGUCGAUGGUCCAAAAGGCUGAGGAGAAGGGCGUGACUAUCCACAAGGAGACCUGCACUGCGGGACACUCGCCUUUCUUGAGCCAGCCGGAAGCAGUCCUCAAUGUUGCUAAGAAAAUUGUUGACGCAUGA